AUGCACUCGCCAUUACUGGUGAAUGAUGAAGGUCAAGAACGUGUGGAUGACCAUGAUGACGGUCACGGUCGAGGCGUCCACCUGGUAUAUUCCGAAUAUGAUUGUGCUCCAUCUGAAAUCGAUGUUGAGGUAAUCGAAGGAGCCAAGCAAUAUUGGUGGCAAAGUUCAAAAUCGAGUGGUAGGGAAGUAUGUCUCGUUUAUUCCGAUUACGAUGAGCCAUCCUCUGAGACGAGUGUUGAAAUGAGCCAAUUAUUUCGUAAUAACAAAACUGACGGCCGUGAAGUUCGUUUAAUUUAUUCCGAAUAUGAUGAGCCUCCGUCAGAGACAGAUGUUGAAUAUGAUGGACGUCCAUGGUGCUCUAUUUUUGGGAAUCCGGCAUUUUGGAAAAUCCGAGAUGAAGGUCGUGAAACGCAUUUAAUCUAUUCUGAUUAUACAGAACCGAAAUCUGAAGCAGUUAUUGAAAUUGAAUAUGACAGCCAAUCCAAAAUUACGAAAUCAAGCGAUCCAGAAACUCUCGAUGAGGAGCUAAGCACAGGUGAGAUUAUUUUAGCAAUCAGAUGGACAACAUUACUUUAG